GUACAGAGUCUAGUGUAGUUCGUAUACAAACGGAUACAUAUUGCAGAUUUAUUUCAAUGUGCAUCGGCAUCAUAUUCCAAUAAUAUGUCAGUAAAAAUGGCAAAGUAUAAACAAGCGGAGUUUGAGGAUGAAGAUAGUUGUAGUAGCAGCAUUGGGUCUGUAAUACUUAAUAGUGACGGAAUGAGCACGUCUGCAACCACUCAUAUUAGAUAUCAUUCAGGAAUGACAAUAUGGAAAUCAAGAUCUAUGUUGGAGAGAUCGUUACUCAUUGCUGUUCUUGGGAGUUUAGUCAUUAAUAUUGUCUUAUCAAUUGUGAUUAGCAUUAUAAGAAACGAAUGUGACCAUGCUCCGUAUCUUCAUGUUGCUUCUAAUACUGAGGAAAAUCUUCAUUAUUGUUCAACAGAACAUUGUGUAACAGUGGCAGCCUCAAUAAUCGAUAGUAUAAAUCCGUCAGCCGAUCCCUGCGAUGAUUUUUAUGAAUAUGCUUGUGGGGGUUGGAUUAAAAAAAAUCCAAUUCCCGAUGGAAAGAGUGUGUGGGGUACCUUUGGUAAACUCGAGCAAGAUAAUCAAUUAGUUGUCAAGAAUGCUCUUGAAAAAUCAAUGCAAGAAAUCAAAUCUGAAGCUGAAAAAAAAGCUAAGUUAUAUUAUUUAUCAUGUAUGGAUGCUAAUGAAACGAUUGAAAAACUCGGUGGCCAACCAAUGCUAGAUAUUUUAGAAAAUGUUGGUGGAUGGAAUAUUUCAGGAGAUUAUUUUAAUAUAUCUAAGUGGAAUUUACAAACUAGCAUGCAUGUUCUACAAAAUGUUUACAAUAUGGGUGGAUUAUUUACUUGGGCUGUUAAUGAAGAUGAUAAAAACAGCUCCAGACAUAUUAUCCAGAUUGAUCAAGGCGGAUUGACAUUGCCAACAACAGAUAAUUAUCUAAAUAAAAGCGAACACGGUAAAGUUCUUGUGGCCUAUUUGGAUUACAUGACUAAGAUUGGCGUACUAUUAGGAGGUGAGGAGAAGGAAACUAAACGACAAAUGCAAGCUGUCAUCGACUUUGAAACUAAGUUAGCUGAAUAUACCACACCACAGGAGGAUAGAAGAGAUGAAGAAAAAUUAUAUAAUUUAAUGUCUAUACAAGAAUUGCAAGAAAUCGCUCCAUUUAUGUCAUGGUUAGAUUAUUUUCAAAAUGCAACUCAGUUAGUCGGUAGGAAAGUAAAUAAUAAAACAAUGAUUGUAAAUUUUGCGCCAGAGUACUUUAAAAAAAUAUCGAAACUUGUUAGUGAUUACAACAGUACAACUGAGGGUAAAAUAAUAAUCAAUAAUUACUUAAUCUGGCAGACAGUCCGAUCUCUUACAGCUUUUCUUUCCAAGCCUUUCAGAGACGCUUAUAAAGGUCUUAGGAAAGCUUUAAUUGGAUCUGAAGGGAAAGAAGAGCAAUGGAGAUACUGCGUUAGUGAUACUAACAAUGUUAUGGGUUUUGCUAUUGGGGCGAUGUUUGUUAGAGAAGUUUUUCAUGGUAAAAGCAAACCAAAGGCGGAAGAAAUGAUAAUGAAUAUUCGAGAAGCAUUUGUGAAAAAUUUUAACAAUCUCGAAUGGAUGGAUGCAGAAACAAGGAAAUUAGCUGAAGAUAAAGCAAAUGCAAUUACUGAUAUGAUUGGAUUUCCAUAUUUUAUCCUAAAUCCCAAAGAGCUUGAUAAACGUUAUGAAGAUUUAAUUAUCAAAGAUGAUGAAUAUUUUUAUAAUAAUAUUAGAAUAAAUAAGUAUACGCUGAAAAAAAAUUUAGAAAAAAUAAACCAGUCUGUUAAUAAAACAACAUGGAUAAUGACACCGCCGACGGUGAAUGCCUACUAUACACCAACGAAAAAUCAAAUAGUCUUUCCAGCCGGAAUUUUACAGAGUCCAUUUUAUGAUAUGGAAAAUCCAAAUAGUUUAAAUUAUGGUGGGAUUGGCGUUGUCAUGGGCCAUGAAUUAACUCAUGCUUUUGAUGACCAAGGAAGGGAAUACGAUCUAAACGGUAAUUUACAUAAAUGGUGGAAUAAUGCAACAAUUGACCGUUUUAAAAAUCAGACUGAGUGUUUUGUUGAUCAAUAUAAUAAUUAUGAAAUCAAUAAUCAUCAUAUAAAUGGAAGACAAACUUUAGGAGAAAAUAUUGCUGACAAUGGUGGCCUCAAAGCAGCUUAUCAUGCUUAUUUGAAUUCUACUCAGAAAGAUUCAACAUCAUCACUCUUUUUACCAGGAUUACCUCAUUUGAAUCAUCGUCAACUGUUUUUUGUCAAUUUCGCUCAGGUCUGGUGCUCUGUGAUAACACCGGAAGCUUUAAAUCUACAAGUUGAAAAAGAUUCUCAUUGUCCUCCUAAAUUUCGAGUAAUCGGACCACUCUCGAAUUUGCCUGAAUUUUCACAAGAAUUUCAUUGUAAAAAAGGAUCUCGAAUGAAUCCAGCUGAUAAGUGUGAAGUAUGGUAGUUAUUAUAAGUAUUAUUUUAACGAUUCCAAAGAAUUAAUGCCAUCUUUAUUAAUUUAUUAAUUAGUUGAAUAUUUUGUUUAAUAUUACAAGACAUUAUUGUUAUGGAACAGAAAACAUUUUUUAAAUUUGUUUUUAAUCAAUUUUUGUUUUAUUAUGGUUUUUCUUCAAUUUCUACAUAAUGUAAUUAAUUAUUACAGUAUAUCUUUAUAUAAAAUUAUGGAGAAAAGUGUUUAACCGCGGCUGGACCGCCGUCGUAAACGUCUUUUAAAUGUUCCUUAUAUGUAUUAUCUAUGUUUUAUAUAUUCAAAGAUAAAAAUUUGAAAAAACAUCAUUGGCAUAUUAAUCAUGUCACAUACUAUAAUAUUUGAAUGAAUUAUUUAAGAGGAUAUUGAUAAUUGGAAAACAACACAAAAAAUGAAAAAAACCAAAACAAUAUGAAGAAAAUUUAAUCAUUACGACACAUUUCUAUGAAACAGAAAUAUCAGUGUACAACCAUAAUAGAAUUAUCCGCUUAAAUUCUUUAUCUAUUUAUUUAUCACAGAAUUAAAAAAAUAUUUUCAGAAAGUAAAUAUUUAAUUAUUGAAAUGUUUUCUAAUAAGAUAAAUUGAUUAAAAAUUGUGUUAUUGAUAAAAUUAUUGGCAUAAUGAAUUGACUUAUUAGUUUCAUCGAAAUUCAAGCAAUAAAAUAGACAGUCAUCAUUCUUUCUAUACAUUAACGACACCCUAAAAUAGAAUAAAAAGCGAUAAAACCGAUCGAUCUCACCUUUGAAUACUCUUUUCUAACAGAACAAAUGUCACGGCGAAAGAGACGCUUAUUUAUAGCUACAUUUUAAUUCUACACGACAAAAGUUAUAGACUAUUUAAUUAUUAAAAGGAUUCAAUUAUAAUCAAUUUGUCGAUAAUUUUAUUCAAAAAAUUAUGUUUAAUGAUUUUGAAAAUAAUUCAGGGAUAUAUUUUAUUGAAAAAAUAAUAUUAUAUCCAAAGUGACUGUGUUAAUUGGGUUGUAGAAUUCCAUUGUUUAA